AUGUAUUCUGCUCACAUUAGGCGCAUAUCUAGUGCUCCAGACGUAAAAAGUUUUGAAACGAUUCCAGAUGAGCGCACCUUUUAUAAUCUUUUCGUGAAUUUUAAUCGACGUCAAAGACGAUUCCAUGCAUCUCUACCCACUGUUCGUGGUACUCCUUUGAAUCUAUACUCCCUUUUUACCUCUGUUGUCAAACAUGGUGGCUACUCUAAAGUCACAGAAAAGGAUCUCUGGGAGACAGUCUCAAAGGAUAUCGGAUGUCCAUCGGCCUGUGCAAAUUACAGUGUCGCUUUGCGUCGGGUCUACUGUCACUAUCUCGUUGCCUUUGAAAAUGAAUCCUAUCCCCACCUCAAGAAUGACAGCUUGUGGUCUCAAAUUCAGGAUGAGUUUCACGAAAAUCCUGGUGACGUGUUUACUCCUCCGUCUGUAGAAAGGAUACUCGGAAUUUUUAAUCCAAAGCCAGCUCCCAUUCAUUACGGGAUGCAUCGCUCGGCUACGCAUCUUGGUUUUGCCAGUAGAGAUCUUUAUCCAACUCUCCGCUGUAACCAGGUAUGUGUUUUCGACUUAUCUGCGUUGUCACUUUCGGGUCUAAUGGGACAAAAACUGAUCAUGUACCAGGAUUCCCGGAUUCCCUCCUCCUUCGACCAGCUUCCACCAUCGCAACAGUUGGAGGAGUUGCAUUCUCGGCCACAUCCGGACAACUCCCUUGAGUUGCGUCACGUCUCUGUCUUAGAGACAGCUGAAAAGUCCCUCAUGUCAGGCCUUCCAAAUGAGGUUGAUUUGUCGCUCAAUUCGGUGCUCUUUCUCUCCGCCGUGGUGCAUUCUUCUCCAGCCACACCCCUUCGGUUAAGCAGCAGUCGUAACCUCCUCCAACUUAUGCUCGCAAGUGUGGGGGUCUAUGAGGAUGGUCCUAGUUCACUUCGGCCAUUGAGUCAGGCGUGGAAUAGUGCGUCCAACUUGAACUUUGAUGAGGACGCUGAGACAGCAGGCUACCGCGUGGUUCCACCGCCCUCACCAGACACCACACAUGACCUCUUCUCGCCCUCGCCGAGCCACGCACGCCAGUUCUUUGGUCCCACCGGUAGUGCCCUCGGCAACGGCUGCGGCAGCGAUGACUGUCUCUCGUCUAAUGCACCUCUCUCCCGUGUGCUCAUGGUGGUGGCGACCCUAGUCAACUGUGUCACUCCGCCCUACCUUCCGGGUCUGCCGCCGCCUCUAGAGGAGGAUGAUGACGAAAUUGAGCAGAUGAUGGCAUUCGCCUCAAUGAGGGGUCGUCGCGCAUUCUCCGGGAGCGGAGGUCUCAGCGAGACCGGUGGACGUCCGUUCCGGGGUCGGAGCCUCUUUCCCGCUCCUGGCCUCAUCCCCCCACUCUCAGCGUGGCGGGAGAAUGCGCGCUUUCUCUCCUCUCAGCCCUGCGCUCUGCGUUUUGCCUUCCUCUGCGCCUACGCGCGCCAUUCCGCCCUUCGCCAGCUCGGCCUCCAGUUGGUCAGCGGGCUGCGCUAUCCCCUCGUCCCCACCACUUCUACCUCCACCGCACCUACCAAUUCUGCCACUGUCUCCAUACGAGUGCCACGCCCGUUGCAUCUGAAUACCUUCACUGGCAUCGAGCUGGUCAGCUUGCGCUUCCUCAUUCGCUGUCUCUUUCAGUCCACCGAUCGGUGCGAUCUCCUCGCCGGCCUCAACCUCCUGACGAAUCUUCUGCGUGUACCGGAGGGUGUGAAUGUGGAGUGCCUCUUUGCGGGUCUGCCGCGUUCCUUGUGGUGCCGGCUGAUUCAGCUGCUCUGUCUCUCCGACCUGGGUCUGGUGUGCGCGGUUCUGGAGGCCCUCUACACCGCGACGGGCAUGGGGGGUUUCGCGUGCACACGCCUGUGGGGCGCUCUCGCUUCUGCUGAUGACACUGUUUCGAAACGUGCUCCAUCAACAGUCUUCGCCGCUCGUCGCGCCUCUAUCCACCUCCGCCCACUCCUCGCCUUCCUCAGUCUUGAAGGCCAGUCUAUGGGUCCCGGCUCCCUGCAUCGCGUCAAAGUGAUGCAACGUCAGCCCCAGCCCGUUCUCACUCCCAUGCAACCAUCAGCACCGCCGCCUUCACAGAUGGUGAUGGGUCAGCCUGUGAUGCAUUACCCACCACCUUUCCAUUCUCACCCCCACUCCUACCAUCACCAUUCUCGGCCGGCGGCGCCCCCACCUCCACUCCAAUAUCUUCCUCAACAGGCUCCACGUCAUUCUCCACCACCAACAUCACCGCAACCGAUGCCCAAUCCGCAUUUAGUGCCUUCUCGGCCCUUUACUCUACCAUCACAGACACGUUUGACCCUCCCACCACCACGUUCGACGUCCUCAUCGCCGUCCUUGGCGAGUCUCUUAGGUCCCGGUUCAGUCUCUUCCCCUGCCACCGCCACCAGCCCAGGGGGCCUGGCGGUACCGCCUCAGGUGGCCAAUGUAAAGCCAGAGGCAAGCAGUCUUUCUGAGCUCACCGAUCGACUGCAGAUGCCGCCACCUCAAAUGCCUCCUCCGCGACGCACAUCCACGAGAGUUAACGGCGCUGCCGCCUCCUCCACACCUAACCGAUCGCCUCACGUGAAUGGCAAAAUUUCGACCCCCUUGAUCAACUCCUUGGUGAAUCACCGCCUUCCUCAGCAUCACUAUCUGCUAUCUCCACGGAAGUCAUCCUCAAAAUCACUUCUUGAAGAGGUACUGAACUCACCUUCAAACAAGAAUAUUCCACCCUUGGUCAACGGCUGUGGUGGAGGCAGCGGUAGUGGCAGUACCAUCCAUCACAUUCCCAGCAUAAGGAACGAUCUUGUCGUGGCGGCUGCUCCCUCCAUCAAACUUGUUAAUGGUGAGAGCGCUCCUGUGAAGAAACAGCUGCCGGUGAAGACUGAGCCUCCUCUGGUGAAUGGUGUUUUCCAUGAGAACGAGAACGUGACUAUGAGGGAGAGUGAGAAACCAAAUAAGGUGAAGGUGAAAGAAGAGAGUGAUGAUGAUGAAGCUGAAGCAAGAGAGGGAGAAGAUGAUAAGUGGAUGGAGGCGAAGCUUGUUGAAGUGGCCACCUUCUUCACACAUUACCUCUGCUUCAAUCGUCGCGUAGGUUUUUACUAUACUCGAAAGAGGCCGCGAAAUUUCGCUCUGCGGAACCGUGUUCUCAAGGGCGCGUUCUCGAUCCUGCCUGAUGACACCGCCUACUCCUGUUCUCCGACGAAGCGACGCAAAGUUGAUUUGAAGAGCGAAUCAACUAAGACUGCCAUGUCAUCUCAACUGCAGCUCCCACCGCCGCCACCUUCACCCCCCAUGUUCGUCUGUGAGUGGGGCGGCUGUCUCCAACGGUUCCCAGUUGCUAAACAGCUUUUCCUAUUCAAAUCACCACAUCUACUGCUUUUAUCAUCGUCUCUUAGCUCCUUUGCUUGUGACGUGAGUUUUUUUCGUACGCAGGUGUCUUGUCACGUCUACAAGUGCCACCUAAAGUCUGGUCUUCCCUCCGCAUCCUCCGCUGUCAUCCCUGCGCCAAUCGAGCGCCGCUGCUGUCAGUGGGCCGAUUGUGCCUCCACUCACCUGCCGCGUGCACCGUUCGCGCUGAUGUCGCACGUUCUGGAGCACCACUGCUCAGCUGGAGAGCUCGAGUCUCGGCGCCGGUCGAUAGCUAUUACAUCAUCCGCUCCUCCACCGCCACCCUCCUACCCCGUCUCCAUCAGUGUUCCCGAUCAAUCGGGCUGGGCGAUCAUCAAGGAAGUGGAAACGCGUCGCUUGCAAUCAGAUCUUUGGGUAUCGCAAUGCGCAAUAUCGGGUCGCUACUACAACGCUGCCGCGGCCAGUGGUGUAGGUGGAGGAGGACGCAUUGUGCCGCCACCCAGGGAGGGUCCAGUGACCAAACAUCUCCGCGUUACUGCAGCUCUCAUACUCCGCAAUCUGGCCAAACACGUUCCUGAGGCUAGAAGGUGGUUAUUAUCUGAGACGCCGUUGCUGUGCGAAAUCGCUAUGGGUACGUGUCCGGGUCCCUCGAGUCUGCGAACCAACGACGCGGGUCGCAUAAUCGCCCAAUGCCUCUCCAUUUGUACUUCGCACAACCUCCACGAUUUGGACGAUUUCCACAGCCAUUAUCGUCACCACUAUAGCCAUCGUCGAUUAGUAUUGGGUGCUGCGGGUGACGAGGACACCGACGACUGUCCCUACUGUUGCUUCGUUGACGAUGACUAUUACAACGAUGAAGACGAUGAUUACUGUGGCUACUACGAGUGGUCUGGUGGCCGCCUCCCUCUUCUCCAUCGUCUCGCUCUUCUGCGACAACGCUCCUCCGUCGAUUUGGAUGCCUAG